AUGAAUGAGCGGCUGGCUGCGGCUGCGGAGGAGAUCUUUGUGCUGGUGGAAAGAGCCAUAGCGGAGCAUGAGGAGAACCAGAAGAACCAGCAGCUGGACUCACUGAACAACAAAGUCCUCCACAUCAGCGCCAAUGGAUCAGACACAGGACCCAGAGUAAUGCAGGAACCGUCAGAGAGCCCACGGGUUAAAGAGGAGCCGUCACAAAACAUUAUUAUUUGUGAUAUAGUUUCACUGUGUAAAGGCGGCAGGGAAACUAAGCAUUCAGACGAAGCUGACAUGUCUUCACUGUUCCAGCAACGAUCAACAAGAAUGAAGAGUCAACAACAGCGAGAAAAGGGAGGACAGAUGUUCAACUCGUCUGGCAGUGACAUUGAUGAAGACUGGGAACCUCCAGCCAGAAGUUCUACAGCACAGAUGGAGACAGAGGCUGAUGGAGAUUAA